AUGACGAGUUUUAAUUUUGUGAGAAUCCUCUGGUAUUACAAGGUUUUAUCGCUGCUUAAACACGUCGCUGUUGCAGGUAAGCCAAUAACAGAAGUAAGAAUACAUUAUGUAUUAGAAAGACAAGAUAAGACAUAUUUCAAACACGAAAGGAUCAGAAAAAUUUCCCGUCGUUGUGUAAUGUCUGAACGUCCCAAGUUCUACGCCGGAAAAAGAAAAAAAAUUUCAGCAACAAACUGAGCCGGUACUUCUUUGGCUUUAUAUUUAGGAAGAAGCAAUUCUCGCCAGACCAUUAUUUUGUCAGGCAAAUUCAACCUUUCAGUAUAAAUAUUAACUUUUUACUAAUAUUAAAUUUUAAUGCCUGCCAUUCGAAUGAGGUAGAUUUUUACAAUAUCAUGUCUUUCGAGCUUCCCUUGAUAAUUUCUCUUGAAAAAAUUUAUGAGUGAUUUCUCUCUACCAUUCUUUAUAAAGUCUAUUCAAUUUGAUUGCCCUUGAAGACCUUAUAUUAUCGGAUGUUAACAAUAAUAUUUUUUUUUUUCUGCCCAUGCAUUGCUCAACAAUGCCAAGGGUUAGCAUCCCAGCUGUCUUAUCUGUCAAAUGGAGCGUUUAAAGGUGUUUACUUUUCAUUCCUACAGUGAUUUCUGGAAUUUAAAUGUUAAGAAACACAAAAGAAAAUCAUUCACCAAUAUGGCAGUUAAACCCGGAUCAAACUUAUUUUACGAGAUUAGCGCCAUUUUAGCUUCAUUUGCUAAAUCUAAUGAUUUUUUUCCCGGGGGCACUCCCUAUAAUGUGCUAUAAGGGCCGGGGAGGCUUUGCCCGAAAGGGGUACUUUUUUCAGGCUUGUACAGCCGCCCCCGAAAUGAUCCCGACCCCGAAAUGAUCCCCAACCCUUACAUGAUCCCCAAUUCGACCCCGAAAUGACAACGAUCCCGAAAUGAUCCCCAUCUCUCUUCGCGUCGACCCCGAAAUGAUCCCCAAUUAAUUCUUGGAAUGGAAUGGUAUUCCACCGCGGAAUUAUUACACGUCUGUUGCAGCGUUUACGUUCUUGAAUCGCAUUUAAAUUAUGUGAUUUUUUCAGUAGGACUUUCGUCAUUUAAUCGCCUUUAUGUCUACUUUUCAUCUUCAAUAUCAUAUUAAAAUUUUGAAAAGUGCUAAAACACCAUUCUUAAAAUCAUUAUCCAAGGUAUACAGUUUUAUCAUCAUUUUUAGAAUUUAACAUCUCUGCAAUUUUCUCUAUGACUCGGGCUAUAAUGACCUAAGUAGUUAUGCUACAAAACGUUAUGCAUUGGAAUGUUUUUAAUAUCUUGAUGUUAUCAGAUGCAGUUCAUGGUGUUGCUAAAAAUAUACUUGACUUUGUGUAUCAAAUAAUAUUUUCUUUUGAUCCAGUUCAAAGUGUAAUUCCAAAUUCGUUUCAUUAAAGAAUGCGAGCGCGUGACGAUUAUUAGUAAAACUUUAAUUAAUGUUGUGCAUUUUGCUCGAUACAUAGUUCUAGUACAGUCGACUCCCGAUAACUCGAACCUUCGAAGGAAAUCGAAAAAAGUUCGAGUUAUCGGGAGCUCGAAGAAAAUAGCCGAGAGUAAGGUAAAAAAACAGUUUUUACUGCAAAGUGAACAUUUUAAUCACAUUUGAUUGUAGAAAUGUCAAGUGAAAAUUAAAAGAUACUUUUAGAUUAUAAAUCAGACCGUAACGUAACAAAACAUAGCUUGAAUGACCUAAGUAGAGCAUGCGUUUUACUGUUUUGAGAAGUAAAGCUGCUUCUCGUUAGCCUGUGGCAAUCAACAUCAGCCUCCACUAGCAGACUACACUCCUACAACAUGUCAAUAGGAAAUCCAAAAUUCAAUGUUUCGGACGCCAGUAGACGGCUUUUUUCCCGACUUUUUAAGGGCUCAAAACAUUAUUCGAGUUAUCGAGGGUAAAAUUAUAUAGAAGAUGACCUGAGGGGAAACGAGAAUUGGUUCGAGUUAUCGAGGGUUCGAGUUACCAAGGGUAAAAUUGCAGUGAAUGUAUGACGGAAAUCCAGGGGAAAUCGAUUUUGGUUCGAGUUAGCGCGAGGUUCGAGUUAGCGAGGGCUCGAGUUAUCGGGAGUCGACUGUAUAUCAAAUUGCAUUCCUAAAAUUAAUUGGGGAUCAUUUCGGGGGCGACGUGAAGAGAAAUGGGCAUCAUUUUGGGGUCGAUUUGGGGAUCAUUUCAGGGUUGGGGAUCAUUUCGGGGGCUUUACAGGCUUCAGGUAUCUGAAAGGGUAGGGAUUUAGGCAUUCCAAGGAUAUGAAAGAGUAGGAAAAUUUGUCAUUUCGGUCUGUAGAAAGGCCCCAAUUAUGCAUUCUAUGGUUGUGAAAAAGUUGAGGUUCUGUUUUUGUGAUUUAUUUGUUUUUAAAAGACAAACAAGCUAUGUGGAAGAUUAGUCAAUAGAAGGUAUGAUGAAGGGGUACCUUCUCUGCCAAAAAUGCUACAUAAAAGGGUAAGGAGUUGGACCUAUGGGCAGAGCCUCAAGUAGAAAACGUUAUUGAGUAUCCCUCGGUUGAUAUACUUCUCAGUUGUUUGCGUAUAAAGCCAAAAAGGGCAGAUACGCAGUAAAAACUGUUUGUCUUUACCUUUCUUUCACAAGUAGGGUCGAAAUAGAGUGAGAGUAGGAAUGGAUGAAUGGGAAUUUCUCUGUACGUCCUGGUUAUAACUUAAUAAUCACCGAAGUUAUCAGAACUUUCCCCUUUUAUAAUAGGAAACGAAACUAUUGGGACAACAUUAUGCAAGCUUGUUCCAGGUGUUCAGAUAGCAGGAACGGCAAAUGAGCUGGAGAAAGAGCAAGGAUGUGACAUAGGGAGUGAAAGCGAAGUUUCCUUCUCUCUCGUUAUCUUCCUCCUCCUUAGUAUUUUUAUUUUUUCUUUCCGCUCAUUGACUUCGUGCCACACUCCACUACCUGAACGCCUGGGGAGGGGGGGACACUCAUAUGAAAGGGGCAGGGAUGCUCGUCGUCUCCCUUAGGAGUGUAAAUUUGGGAUUUUGGCCUCACUAAAGGUGUUCUGGACAAAACGCCAUUAUACUUAGCGGUAAAGGUCUCUUUUAGGGUUGCACGCGAAGAAUUAUAUAUAGAAAUAUAUAUUUUAAAUUUGUUUUAUUUACUCGAUUUAUGCAAUCAAAGUUUAAAAAUGGCCUUUUUUAGGGGUCAAAAGAAGGUUGAGCCACGCCCAGACUGGUCUCCUUUAGGGGUUUAAUUCAAAAUUUCGACCAGCAUCCAUGCCCAUUUCAUAUGGGAGCCUCCCCGGGCCUGAACGCCUGCAACAGUUACAAUGUGCAGCCUGCUCCCAGGCCUCUAAUUGGUUUAUAUACGCACGUGCUUUCUCCUCGAGAACAGCAUUGAGAACAGAUUUAAUUUUUCCACGUUUUUUCAAGCAAGUGCAAAGUGGGCGUGGAGAGCGAGACACCCCUAAAGGGGAAAGAGGGGAUAAAAUAUGACUGUUAUUGUUAUGACUAUUCAAGUUUCAUAUCACAUAGCAAAUAACCAAUAAUACGAAGUACAAGGUAUUUUUUUAAGUUUUCAGUCUCUACAAAGAUAAAUUGUCCAUUUGACGAAAAGAUAAUUGCACGUCAGCUUGCCAAAAAGAAACGAAUUAUAACGUUCUCGUGGCAAGAGCAAGAUUGUUUUUGCCACUCAAACAUAAAAUUCAUAUCUUUUCGCCACUGUGUAAUAUCCCCUAUUUAUCAUGAUAAUUCCACAGAUACAAUAGCACUUAAGUUUUUCACCCAACCGACGGAUGUAACAACUGCUGAAAUUACAAACGCCACAAUGUCUUGCGUAGCUAUCGGCUCGUCACCAGUGACUUACACAUGGACCCAUAAUGGCACAAUGCUGACACUCAGUUCCAAUACUGGACGACACAGAUUAAUGGGAGCAGAUGGAAAUUUAACUGUUAUUAACGUUACCUGGAAUGACGCUGGAGUGUACAGAUGCAUUGCAAGGAGCAGCAUGGGAUCAGCACUGAGUUUGAAGGCCGUAAUACGGAUAGCUUGUGAGUACUACCCUUCUUUAUAG